AUGGACCGCCGUCCUCCCGGCUAUAGUCUCCCGCCGUACGACGACGAGCUCGACUCGCCCACCGGCCAUGGAGCCGCCGCCGUUAGAUUGUUGACAUCUGUGGAAGAGUCCCCAGACAGAAGCAGACCGUACGUAACACAAACGUCGCCAAUGGCAACACCAACAUUCCUAAAUAUGUCCUCUCCGUCCUCAUCGACGUCGUCUUUGCAACCCAAGGACGCUUCGAAACACCAAGGAUCCAACCCCGAGACGUCCACCAUGGCUUUCGACGAGUGUCCAGGAGCCGCCUCGAGCUUGGAGACCAAGCAAGAGACGGAAAUGCAAGCAGCAACCAAGGCGGAUGCUCCUCUUCCUCCUCUUCCUCUCUCUUCUCCUUCUGUUCACAAUCCCCUCCCCCCUCUUGACGUUGCUGUCCCCCCUCCCCUCUACAUCAAACAGGUUCGCAAGAACAACAAUGCAAAGUUGCACAGUCCAAGAAGUUUAGCGCUCAAUGACUCCCCAAAUCUUGCCGAGGCUCUGCCAACUAUCCCGGAAGGACCA